AUGUUUGGCUCUACCUCUAAGUCUUCGAACAAGUAUCUGACCCAAAGCCCCAUACAGUUUGGCCCAGUCAGACCUAACGCUACGCAGAGCACCCCCCAGCGUACCCCCCUGCACCCCCACUCUCCCCUGUACCCCCGCUCCCUCCCGCCCUCCCCAUCCGCCCCCCUGCCCUUCCCCCUCUCCCAUGGCACCACCACCCUGGCCUUCGUGUUCCGCGGGGGCAUCGUGGCGGCGGCCGACACCCGCUCCAGCUGCUCGGGGCUGGUGGCCUGCCCCGCCUCCGCCAAGGUGCUGCCGGUGCACUCGCACCUGGUGGGCACCACGUCGGGCACCUCGGCCGACUGCAUGCUGUGGAAGCGCAUCCUGGCGCGGGAGUGCCGUCUGUACCGGCUCCGGCACCGCCGCCGGCUGCCAACGGGGGGCGCCGCCAAGCUGCUCUCCCACAUGCUGCACCCCUUCAAGGGCACGGAGCUGUGCGUGGCGGCCACGCUGGGCGGCUGGGACGGGGCCAGGGCCCACUGCGGCCCACGUCUGUUCUACGUGUGCAGUGAUGGCACCUUCUUGAAGGGGGAGCUCUUCUCUGUGGGCUCUGGCUCGCCGUACGCCUACUCCGUGCUGGACGGCGGGGUGCGCUGGGGGCUGAGUGUGGCCGAGGCCUGCUCGCUGGCCAGGGAGGCCGUGUACAGGGCCACCCACCGCGACGCCUAUUCUGGAAACUUUGUGGACCUGUACCACGUCACCGCCCACGGCUGGAGGCGCAGGGAGAGAGAGGACCUGAAGGAGGAGUACUACAGGGAGAGGGAGCGAGAGAGAGAGAGGGUGGAGGAGAGGAAGAGGGUGCGAGAGAGGGAGAGGGUGGUGCAGAGG